AUGUUUGAGUAUAUCAAUGGUUUUCAAGUGGUUAUUGGAGAUGAACGUGGAAAGAUGACUCUACUCGGAUUCGAACAGUUUGAGAUUAACUAUCCAAGUGAAUAUACGAUCAAAUAUUUGGGAGUGACUCUGCGGUCAUUACCAUGCUUAGCUGGCACAUCCUUCGAGCUAAAAGAGGAAGGCAAGAAGGUCGUUGGGUUCCAUGGAAGAGCCAAUGAGCCGCUUCAUCAAUUUGGAGCCUAUGACCUCCCCAUCACCAACUGA